AUGUUCGGACCGUUGGAUCGAGCUGAAACUCACAUGUCAGACUUGAUUAGACGUCGUAGGGCGGUGACGGCUACACCGAGUUCGGAGCCCCCGGCUCAGCCGGUAUCAGCUGCCACUGCUCCAGCACUGAUGGAGCAGGACCACGUGCUAGCUGGUCCUGGGGGAUCCCAGGCGGCUGCAUCAUCAUCUUCUUCGGUGGUGCAGCCUCUUAGCGCUAGGCGGCGACACCGGCCCGCUACCACCACCGACACCACAUCCACUGACUGUACUGGUGCCUCGGGGGCACCUACAGCCAAGAGGAACACCCGAGGGCCGUGUCGGCAGCUGAAGACGGCGAAGGUCACCCGGGUGACCAACAGUCGUAUCAGCAUCGGAUAUGACGAGCGCCAUCGGGCUGCACCGACGGCGGACUUGCAUAGCUCCUUGGCCCACGACAUUGGCCACGUCGUUCGGACCCAUUGCCCGAUGCAAUGGAAGUCUUGGAAGGUCAUACCUGACGAGAUCAAGAUGCAAGUUCGCGGCCAGUUGUCGACGAACUACGACUUAGAGGACAUCAACGAGGAGACUUUGGCGUACGUCAACAGACUCUUCGGUGAGAGGUACAAGCAGUGGAAGAGCGACUUGCACCACCAUUUCCAGGCGUUUGAUGAUCCGGAAGUCGCUCUUCAGGAGGGUUGCCCGAAGGAGCUUGAGGGGCGGGAGGAUAGUUGGGCGUGGCUCUGCGCUCAUUUUCAGGCGCCCGAUUAUGUGAAUAAAGCCCAAGUGAAUAAGGGCAAUAGGAAGAAGAAGACUCUUCUUCACCAUUCCGGCUCCAGGCCCUUCUCAUAUAGGAUGGAUGCACGGCGUCGGGGGGGGUCGAAAUUCCCAGAGAUCGACGUCUUUGGUGACGUUUAUGUUCGACCUGGGAAUGAGUUGGCCGAGUCCCUUCAUACGACGAUGGUGGAGAGGAGCCAGUUGGUUCUUCAAGAGUCCGCCUCCCAACUUCCUCCCGAGACUCCGAUCGAGUCUGUGGAUCCUCCGCAUGAUGCUGGAUUUCAGAUUUUGACGCAGACGUUGGAUCAGACUCUCGGGAGGAGGCCGGGAACGUAUUGUAGGGGGAUGGGGAAUGCCCGACAGAGGGAACCUCGACCGCGGUCAUCGUCGCAGGCAAACAGUCAGGUGACUGUUUUGACAUCGCGGGUUGCCGAGCUUGAGGGUCAGAUGUCGGUGAUUCUGCAGUCCCUCGCGCGGUCCGGCAUUCCAAUCCCGAAUUUUGGUGCGUCGACCUCCGAGCCCGUCCACCCCGAGCAUCCCCAGCACACCACGGCCCCUGCAGACACCCAUACCUCCGAGCCGCAUGUGGCAGAUGACCAAUUACGUUCUUUGCCAUCCAAGUUUUAUGCAAUGCAUCUUGCUGUGUUCAAUAUGCCUUGCGGUAGUAUGAGAAAGUUGCAAAAAUUUAAGUAUAUGCCAAAGUUGACAUCUUUGAAUUUGAGUGGUUGUCAAUUCCUAAAAAAAAUCCCUGACUUAUCCGGAAUCCCAAAUAUAAAGUGGCUGAAUCUAAGUAAGUGUACAAGUUUGGUUGAGGUUGAUGAUUCUGUUGGACUCCUUGAUAAACUUGUUGAAUUGAAUCUUGAUGGAUGCUUUAAGCUUACGAGGUUUGCAACAACACUUAGAUUGAAAUCCCUGGAAAGGCUUUGUCUACGUAAUUGUGGAAGGCUUGAGAGCUUCCCAGAAAUAGAGGACAAAUGUCCGGGACGCAUUAGUAAAUUUGCCAACUUAUGGUUUCUUAGAUUAAAUGGUUGCAAGGGGCUUCAGGAACUUCCAGAAUUGCUUCGACCAAGUGUAGAUCGGGUACUCCUGCCUAAUUGCACAUCAUUGGAAAAAUUUCCAAAACUUCCCCAGGGGGUUCGGUGGCUGGAUUUGGUCAAUUGUCAUAGACUAGGUGGCUAUGAGAUCACAGAAAAUAUUCUUCUGAAUAAGGUACCGCAUUUUGUAUUCGAAAUUAUACCUCCAGGCAAUGCAUUUCCAAAGUGGGUCAGCUGUUGUAAAAAUGCAACGAUACGUAGAUAUCCUGAUGUCGAGGAUAAAGAGGAAUACAUUGGUGGAUCUAUCAUUACCCUUAUCUUGACGAUGCCAAGAUUCUUAUCAAUGGAAAACUUGUCAAUGAGGUAUAGAGGGGAUACGUAUGCAACGGAGAUAGAGGAUGCUUAUGCGUGGCUCAAGUGUGUUCCAUUAUUGGAUCCGCAGAAGUUACAUGUGGGAGAAGAACCGACGCAUUUGCAGCAGGGUAAGAUGUGUCAAGUUAUAUUUCACUUGCAAGGCACAGGACCGAUACCCGUUAUAAGCUGCGGGGUACACCUAUUAGGCCACCAGGUUGCUGAUGUUAGUGGGAGUGCCAUGGCUGUUGACGACGAUAUAACGAUGAAUGAAUCACCGAGUUGUGUCGGAAAGAGGCCUCGUGGAUCAGAUAUCACCGCAGUUGAUGAUCAUGAUCAUCAAGAGUGCUUUGCUCGUCUUCAGAACCAGCGGAUCACCCAAAGCGGAGGCAUACUGAUAUUGAAGAGGAGUAUAAAGUAA